UCUGACGGUGCGUCUGCUUUGGUAUCUUAGGGCUUGAUGUUUCCCUAAUUCUAAAUUGUUUCUCAUUUUUGUAUUUCUGGAGUAUGGCGCACAUUUUAAUGGGCAAACUUUUGCCUAACCUGAAGGUAACUCUGGGUAAUGAUGAAACAGAAGAAGGUGAAAUUACUGAUUCUGUAGACAUUUCUGAAAAUAGUGAACCCAACAAUGAAACACAAAAGCAAAGUGUUGAAAUCGUUCGUACAUGGAUGGAAACUUUACAGACUCCUAAAAUCUAUGAAAAUAAGAAUGGAGCUUUCAUAACUGGAUUAGAUCUGUCUUCUGAGGUCUUACUGAAGAAAUUAGAAGAACGUGCAGCACGGUUUGGGUUAGAAAAGAAUGAUGAAAGUCAAAUUACUCAGCAGAGAAUUGAUGCAUUAUACAAAAGUUUAGACAUUGAUCCUGAAAAUCUGAGUUUGAGCAAGGUGAAAAAUAUCCGUUUAGAUGCCAUCCAUAUGCGGGGAGUUGAAGAAAUGAGCACAAAUGAAAUUUUCCAGUAUUUCAGUGAAUACGGACCUUCUUCUGUUGAAUGGAUUAAUGAUUUUUCCUGCAAUGUUGUUUGGUUAGAUGAAACAAGUGCUGCAAGAGCUCUUCUUGGUAUGAGUCGUCCACUUGUGGUGAAGAAAAAAAGUGAAGAGAAGAAAGAAUCUGUAGUCACAGAAAUAGACAUUAAUUCAAAUGAUGCAACCAUGACACAGAGUUUAGAAAAGGAAGCUGUAAUUUUAAUGUCAGAUUCAGAAGAGAGUGAAGAUGAUGAAGAAAGUUCUUCUUCAAAAGAUGAGCCAAUGGAUGUUGAUAUCCAGAAAGGUGAUACAGAUUGUGAAGGAGAUGCUACUAGUAAAGAUGUGCCUCCUGUAGAUGUACCAGUUCCACCAGGGCAUUGGAGAUUAGGAAUUCCUCAUCCAAAAGCUAAAGCUAUAUUGUUAAGGUUUGCAACUAAAGAUGAUAAAAAAUUGCCGGGAGCUGAGAAAAGGAGUCAGUAUUAUCAAAAAUAUGGGAAUCCAAAUUAUGGAGGUCUGAAAGGUCUUAUCAGUUCUUCUAGAAAACGUAAAAUGCAAGCAGCUAGAAAUAGACAAGUGAUAGAAAAGUUAACUGAAGAUUCAGGAAAGACAUCAGAAGUUAAUAUAACUUCUAAUUUAAAUGCUGAUAAGAAUAUUACCAGCAGACCAAUUCGCAACAAGCAGCCUAGGAUGAGAAUGUAUGCUGAUGAUGAAGAAGAAAAGAAUAAAUCUAGAGUUUUUGUAAGAUCUAGACGUUCAGAUGCCUUUAGAUCAACAUCCCGCAGUGUUCACAGCCGUUUAGGAGCAAAAUAUACCAAAGAUGAUUUGUUUCAUUUAGGUAGGAGGAUUAAUAUUAGUGAUGAAGAAGAUACUGAAAAAGUACCUGUAAUUCGAAAAGUGACAUCUCGUUUCAAUAUCUGGACAGAUAUUGCAAAAUCAAUGGCUGAUGAAGAAAGCUCUCGAAAAGACUUUUAUAAAACUAGUAGCAGAUCAUCACAAAAUUCAAGAAGCAGAUUGUUUCAAAAUCUGAGGAGCAGGCAAACCGAAGAUUUGAGAAGCACCCUUAAUUCAUCAUCAUUCAGAAGGAAAAGUACAUAUUCAUCUCAUGCUCCUGAAGAUUUGCGCUCAAAAAUUAAAAGAUUGAGAAGAGAUACUCUAAAUGCACGUAGAUCCCCUCUGUUUCGAGAUGAUGAUAAUGAUUGAAGCAUCAUACAAGACUGUGAUUCUUGACAGUAUAUGACACUGUAAGCUAUGCAUGUGAAUUUUAUUUUAUUAAACAAAAUAAUUUUAAAUACCAGUUUAUGAAAAUACUGAAAUUUUAUAAAUACAACAUACACUAUGCUGUAUAUGUUCUUGAAAUAGUUUUACUGAUAUGUAUGGUUUUUAAUGUAAAUAUUUUAAUAUAAAAUAAUAAAAAAAUGUUUUCGUA